GGGGAAACUGAGGCCCAGAGACGUUAGGAGACUUGCUCACUGGACUUUCUGCUCUCAGAUCCUGCGCAGCCGCGGGUGUGUCAGCCCCAAGGACUUCCAGCAGCUCGUAGGAGAGGUAACUGCCCGCCUCUGCCCCUCCACAGCCAGCCCUGCCCUUCCUCUUCAGACUGGGCCAGCAGUUCGAGGGCCCCCAGGCCUAGGUCCCAGAAGGGCUCCUUAGACCUCGGCUUGCCCUCUCUCUGUGCCCCCUCACUGCAGCGCCUGGGGCCUGGCACCAGAAAAAGAGAAAGUGGGAAAUGCCGAGUUGUCUGCCUCACACCCUCUUGAGACACUUGCCCAGGGUUUCACAGCAGGAGGAGCUGAGAUCCCACCAGGGCAGCCGGGCUCCGGCCUCCUCUCUCUUCACCCACCCCCACUUUGGUGGGUGCCAGAGCUGCUGGCAUCUUCUGUCUCCUUCCUCGCCUGGGGGUAAGGGGAAGCCUCCUGGGCAGGCCCCCUGCAGCCUCUGGAACACCACCUGGCUGGGAUUGCGUUCCUCUCCCUCGGCAGCCCAGCUGGUUGAGCACGUCGAGGGGUUCCCAUCCCAGUCAGGCUCUGAACUGUGCCGCCCAGAGUGGGAUGGGCCCCUUCUAGAAGGAGCUGCCUUCAGCUAACAGCUUGGCACCUGCAGUUUACCCUGAGAGAGUCAGCUUGAGCAGGAGGUGGAGCGCCGGCAGCGGCUGGGGCAGGAGUCGGCCACCAGGAAAGCCCUCAUUUCGAAAUCCUACCACCCAGUGAGGCCUGAUGUCUACAACAACACGCUGCAGGUACCCAGCAGGGCCAGGUCACUGGAAGGAGGUGGAGGCGUCCCGGCCUGGGGCCCGUCUGCCUCACAGCUAGUGUGUUCUGCCCCCAGGAUGAGGCUCUGGCCCCCGAGUUUUUGGCCGCAGCCGAGUACAGCAAAUCACCAGGUGCAGACUUCGAAGGCCUUCUCCAGCGGCUGGAGACGGUGUCUGGGGAGAAGCGUAUCUACCGGGUGCCGGUGUUCACAGCGGCGUUCUGCCAGGCCCUGCUGGAGGAGCUGGAGCACUUCGAGCAGUCAGACAUGCCCAAGGGAAGACCCAACACCAUGAACAAUUAUGGGGUGCUGCUGCACGAGCUAGGCCUGGAUGAGCCGCUGGUGACGCCACUGCGGGAGCGUUUCCUGCAGCCGCUGAUGGCCCUGCUGUACCCAGACUGUGGCGGGGGCUGGCUCGACAGCCACCGGGCCUUCGUGGUCAAAUAUGCCCCGGGCCAGGACCGGGAGCUCGGCUGCCACUAUGAUAACGCCGAGCUCACCCUCAACGUGGCCCUUGGCAAGGCCUUCACAGGGGGCGCCUUGUACUUUGGGGGCCUCUUCCAGGCACCGUCAGCCCUGACCAGACCCCUGGAGGUGGAGCACAUGGUGGGCCAGGGCAUCCUGCACCGGGGCGGCCAGCUGCACGGGGCCCGGCCACUGGGCACGGGCGAGCGCUGGAACCUUGUCGUCUGGCUCCGGGCCUCCGCUGUGCGCAACCGCCUGUGCCCCAUGUGCUGCCGCAAACCCGACCUGGUGGACGACGAGGGCUUCGGCGACGGCUUCACCCGCGAGGAGCCCACCACCGUGGAUGUGUGCGCGCUGACUUGAGCGGGGCCGCGGUGGGCUAGCAUGGCCAGCGAGCGCUCUGCCUCCUUGGGUUGGGCGGGACAAGAAUAAACUCCCUGCCUCCCUCAGGCCCUUCUUGGUUCGAAAGGACA